AAAAGAAGAAGAAGAAGAAGAAAACGAAAAGAAAAGAAAAACAAUUAUUUGUUUCCAAUCAAAUGAUCUUAAUAUUAAAGUUGAUCUUGUCUGAGAUUAUUCUUCACAAUUAAAUUAUAAAUAUUGAUCUAUUCAAUUCAUUAAUUAAUAUAAAUAAAAAAAGGUUUACAACAAAGAAAUUAUUAUUAUCAAAUUGAGAAAAAUAGAAUGUCAUUUAAGAAAUUAACAAAAUUACAAAAAUAUCUUAUAUUUCUUUAUGUAUUCUGUACAGUAUGUGGAUUGAUAGCAUCAACAAUAUUAUUUUUACAUUAUAUCAGAAUCAAUUCUAAUUCCACGUCACCACUCACAGACAGUUCUCCUACAGUGGAUAAAUCAAAGAUGGAUACAAACAAUAUGUUUAUCAAUAAUAAUUGCACAGGUAUUAUCACAGAUAAUGAAGUUAACACCAACUGUGAUAAUUUUGAAGAGUCUGUUUGCCACAAACAAAUAUCAAAUGACUUCCCUAAAGAUCAUUUAUUACAAUCAGAUGAUUUUAUAAUAGAUAUUUUGAGGAAUACAAUGAAUGUAAAUGAAUCACAUCUUACGGCUGCUAUUAAUUACUACCGAUCUUGUAUCACAAACUCUAAGGAGGAAACAUCGUCAAGAAAAGAGAAAAUUGUUCAAUUAAUCUCAUCUUUUUUCAACGGAUGGUCAUCGCCACUCUAUUCUGAUAAGAUCUCCUUCAAUAUUAGCAACAAUAUAUCUGAUAAUAAAUUGUUCAAUCUUACUAAUUUAAUUUUACCACUGAUAUUUCAAAAUGGAAAAACAACUAUAUUUUCUCUAAAUGUAGUUCAAAGUAGAAACAAAAGUAUAAAUCCAUAUAUUUAUUUGGUUAACAAUGGAGAAGGAACAGAAGAACAAAUUUUCAAGUUACUAGAGAAUUUUGAAGUGGUGGAAAAUAAGGAAGAAUUGGCAAAAGGUGUUUUCAAUUUGUAUUCAGACAUUAAAAAUGUACUUGAAAUAUUUGAUGAAUUAAAGAUCACUUUGAUUCAAUUAUUAUCAUCGAGUUCAUGGUUCAAUGAAAACAAAAAAGGCACUGUUGAUCAGGUUAAAAAUAUUAAUUUAUCGAUAAUUUCAUCGGAAUCAUUGAAUGUGAAAGAGAGAGAGAGCGAAGAUUUUAUAUUCAAUAAUAAAAUUCUAGAAAAUAAUUACUUUAUGAAUGAAUAUUAUUCUCGGAAGACUAAACUCCUCAAAUCAUAUGGCGCAACUUUGGGUAAAUACCAUAAACCAGAAGUCUCCAGUUUCAUGCCAUACAUAUCUGGAUUGAACAAAGAUCAUAACAUUCAUAUAUCUACUGGGUUUCUACAUCCACCAUAUUUUAACGGGUCAUAUUCUAUGUCUGAAAAAUAUGGGAUUAUCGGUUGGAUUAUGGGACGUGAGCUUAUAUCUGCAGUUUCUAGUGACCAUCAGAUAGAUAAACCAGAAUCAUUUAAAUCACAACUAUGUUGUCUACAAAAACAAAACAAUUCCCGAAUAUUUGGAAAAAAAACAUAUGGAAGGAUUUGUAUGCAAAAUCGUAAAAACCUAGAUGGAGAAUUGUUUUUCUCAACAUUUGCAAAGAUGAUGUGUGGUGGCUACUUUAAUGAUACGAUUAAUAACAAGUUCAAAUCGUCCAAGCUAAAAUAUACAUUCAGUGUUAAUGACGUUCUGAAACACAGUCAAGAAUUCUCCGACGUAUACCAAUGUCCAGUUGAUUCCAAAAUGAAUCAUGAAGAAAAAUGUAUUAUUUAA